AGAUGCCAAAUGCCAACGCCUCGCCCUGCAUGGCCAACAAAGAGUUCUGCGCUAUGGGGAACUUCCCCAUAAGGUUUUAUAGCUGUUGAGUUGUAACCCUCUCUCUCAGAUCUUUUUCUUUAUAUCGGUGGUGGUCGCCUUCUCUCUAGAAUUUCAAUACAUCUCAAGAUAUGGAUGGAUAAAAAGAAUCUUUCAAAGGGAAUCGGAUUUUUCAUCUAUCGGUUGUGACCACAGCUAGCAGCUACCCACAAAAAUAUCCGUGAAGCCAGCUUACGGGUUUCUCUCCUCCCUACGUAUGCUGACACUCCUUUUGUAACCCAAAUACUCUAUCUAUAGGUAGGGUUUGUAAAUUCAAGCUAUGGCGGCGAAGCUUAAAAACUCAGAGGAGAUCGAUAUUCUUCAGAGUAAUUUGCCAGUAUUGAAAACAGCACAUAUUGGUACAAAUAAGUAUAAUAAUAGCUAUGACCCUUUGACUCCUACUACUAGACUGGAAAGGCUUUUGAGGGAAAGAGAAUUAAGGAAGCUGAAUAAAUCAGUUCCUUCCAAUGAUGAAACAAAAGAUGGAAACAGAGAAAUAGAUUUCUUUAGUGAACAGUUUUUCAGUGAUGGGGAUAACAUGCUUUCUGAGGAGGAGUUCUUGCAAGGGGUUGCAUCAGCAAGGGCUCAGAUUGAAAAUGGUUUUAAGCAAGAUGGGAGACCUACAAAACAACGUCUACUGGUUGUGGCAAAUAGACUUCCAGUUUCAGCGGUUAGGAAGGGCGAGGAUUCGUGGACUCUAGAGAUUAGUGCUGGUGGUUUGGUCAGUGCACUUCUUGGUGUGAAUGAAUUUGAAGCAAAAUGGAUUGGAUGGGCAGGAGUAAAUGUACCAGAUGAAAUUGGACAGAUAACACUCAGCAAAGCACUGGCUGAAAAAAGGUGCAUUCCUGUUUUUCUUGACGAAGAGAUUGUUCAUCAAUAUUACAAUGGGUAUUGUAACAACAUACUAUGGCCUCUUUUUCAUUAUCUUGGGCUUCCACAAGAAGAUCGGUUGGCAACCACUCGUAGUUUUCAGUCACAGUUCGAUGCGUAUAAGAAGGCCAAUCAAAUGUUCGCUGAUGUGGUGAACAAGCAUUAUGAAGAGGGUGAUAUUGUUUGGUGUCAUGAUUACCACCUAAUGUUUCUUCCAAAAUGCCUUAAAGAGUACAAUAGUAGUAUGAAGGUUGGUUGGUUUCUCCACACUCCAUUUCCUUCCUCUGAAAUACAUAGAACUUUGCCUUCUCGGUCAGAGCUUCUUAGAGCAGUUCUUGCAGCUGAUUUGGUUGGAUUUCACACUUAUGAUUAUGCAAGACACUUUGUUAGUGCCUGUACCCGUAUUCUUGGGCUUGAGGGUACACCUGACGGAGUAGAAGAUCAAGGCAAGUUAACUCGUGUAGCAGCGUUUCCAAUUGGAAUAGAUUCAGAUAGAUUUAUUCGAGCUCUUGAACUACCACAAGUUCAGGAUCACAUCAAAGAGUUGAAAGGGAGAUUCGCUGGUAGGAAGGUUAUGUUAGGUGUUGAUCGUCUUGAUAUGAUAAAGGGGAUUCCUCAAAAAAUUUUGGCUUUUGAAAAGUUUCUUGAAGAGAACCCAGAUUGGCGCGAUAAAGUUGUUCUGCUGCAAAUUGCUGUACCAACAAGGACCGACGUCCCAGAGUAUCAAAAGCUUACAUGUCAAGUUCAUGAAAUUGUUGGACGCAUUAAUGGAAAAUUUGGAACCUUAACCGCGGUUCCAAUUCACCACUUGGAUCGAUCCCUUGACUUUCAUGCAUUAUGUGCACUAUAUGCAGUUACAGAUGUAGCAUUGGUAACAUCCUUAAGAGAUGGGAUGAAUCUUGUUAGUUAUGAGUUUGUUGCCUGUCAAGCUUCUAAGAAAGGUGUUCUUAUUUUAAGUGAGUUUGCAGGUGCUGCACAGUCUUUGGGAGCUGGAGCUAUUUUGGUGAACCCAUGGAAUGUGAGCGAAGUUGCGAUUUCUAUUGGUUAUGCUCUGAAUAUGCCAGCUCAUGAAAGGGAAAAACGACACCACCACAAUUUUAUGCAUGUAACUACUCAUACGUCCCAGGAAUGGGCAGAGACCUUUGUAAGCGAACUUAAUGACACAAUUGUUGAAGCUGAACUACGGAUCAAACAGAUUCCACCUCUGCUUCCUGUCAACAUUGCGAGGGAACGAUACGCUGAAUCUAAUAAUCGUUUGCUUAUUCUGGGAUUUAAUGCCACACUGACAGAACCAUUGGAUGCCCCAGGAAGAAGAGGAGGUGAUCAGUUAAAAGAGAUGGAACUCAAAUUACAUCCAGAGUUAAGGGAACGGUUGCAAAACCUCUGCAAUGACGAAAAAACAACAAUUGUUGUGCUCAGUGGAAGUGACAGAAGCUGUCUAGAUGAGAACUUUGGUGAAUACAACAUGUGGUUAGCUGCAGAACAUGGAAUGUUCCUCCGUCAUACUAAAGGAGAGUGGAUGACAACAAUGCCAGAAAACUUAAACAUGGAUUGGGUUGACAGUGUAAAGCAUGUUUUCGAGUACUUCACUGAAAGGACACCCAGAUCUCAUUUUGAGCUUCGUGAGACUUCACUUGUAUGGAAUUACAAGUAUGCAGAUGUUGAGUUUGGAAGGCUUCAAGCAAGGGAUAUGCUGCAGCAUUUAUGGACAGGUCCAAUUUCGAAUGCAGCAGUUGAUGUUAUUCAAGGUGGGCGCUCUGUUGAGGUGCGAGCAGUUGGUGUCACCAAGGGUGCAGCAAUUGAUAGAAUAUUGGGAGAAAUAGUUCACAACAAAGGAAUGCUCAUGCCCAUUGACUAUGUCUUGUGUGUUGGACACUUUCUACCCAAGGAUGAAGACAUAUAUACUUUUUUUGAGCCUGAGCUUCCUUGUGAAACAGCUGCCGCAACUAGAUACAAGAUAAGCCACACCCUUGGAGCGUCGUCAAUCAAGAUUCUAGCUCAAAAAAUUGGAUCGAAGAUAGCUCAAAACAAGGUCAACCGACCACUAUCAUCUUUGGAGAAGAAAGUAUCCAAUGUCGGAAAUGGCCCUCAUUGGUGGCCAGCACUUUUCGACAAAAUGUCUCUUCAAGAAGGUUCAUCAGUUCUUGAUCUCAAAGGCGACAACUAUUUCUCAUGUGCUGUUGGGAGGAAGCGAUCCAAGGCCAGGUACCUUCUUGGAUCAUCGGCAGAAGUUGUCAUGUUAUUGAAGGAAUUGUCAGGAUGUACUUAAAAAAAUAUCAUGGAUGCAUAGCUUUACAAAGGCUAUUUGGAACAAUGAGAAACCUUGAAAGAGGGUUUGGAUUGCCAGAAAUAAUAGAGUACAGACCUACAGUCCUAGCAAAUUUUCUUUUCAUCAAACAAUGUUUUGCUAGUAUUGGACAAUAUAGCUAUCUGUUCUUACCCUAACCCUUUCUCCUUUGUGGUAAAUGUAUUUCCAUUUCUUAUAGUACUUAUCGAGUAAGAGUUUCUUGUUUUCGGCUUGACCUAGGUAUGAAAAGGCACUUGCAAUUUUUCUUAUUGUAGCUU